CGGAGAGGAAAUGCAAAUGAAAGCAUUCGCAGUCUCUACUCGCAUUGUAUUCUUUUCGCUACUCGUUUUUUCUCUUGUUAUGGCUGAGGAAAACCAGCAAAAGGAAGUUCCCCAAGAACCAUCUCACCGUCUCAUGGCCCACCAAGGGCUGGUGUCCGGUGGAGUAGAUGCAGGAGCAGGUAGCCGUAGAGUUGCAUUGGAUACAGCUCCAAAGAGGGAAUGGCCCGAAGUGGUGGGCCUCACCGUAGAAGAAGCUAAGAAAAAGAUCAAAGAAGAUAUGCCUAUGGCCCGCUUUCAGGUGGUUCUUCCCAACUGCUUUGUGACCAUGGACUUUGACCUAGGUCGUGUCCGACUCUACGUGGAUUCCUCCAACAAAGUUGCUAGGCCUCCUAGAACCGGCUGACACGUGCCAACCUGGUGCACGUGUGGGAUAUCGUAGCUGUGUGUUAAGUGGGACCUACCUUAGGGAUGGUUUUGACUGGAACUUUAGUCCGUUCUGCUAUUCAUCAGCUGGGCCAGGCAUGUCUGUCCAUUGAUUUCCUACAUGUGUUGCCAAGCUGAUGACUUGGCUGGUCUGACUUUUGGGCCACGUCAUCUACAUGGUGUGACCCACUCAAUCAACGGCACAGAUUUCCCAAGAAAAUGCAAGGUUGGCACGUACGUGUUGGUGAAUGUGUGGUGUUUGUUUGGAUGUUUUGGUGUAGGCUAGUUGCAUUUUGACUUUUUAUUAUAUGUUAUGCUUGAAGUUUGGGAGCAA